GCUCACAGGCGCCACCGAACCCAUUAGCAUCAGACCAUGUAAAUGACUUGCGUGGAAUGGAGCAGCCAUCAGAUUUGGACCAUUUCUUUCUUCCAAUUUUAUGCCCUUGUCCAGCUGUUUACAACUUUGCUUUGCACAGUGCACUCUGUACACCAAGUCCUGAACGGAAGAGCUAGUGGGAAAUUUCCAAACAGUCUCUUACCUUUCUUUUGUCCUUUUCACCACUCUUUCCCCUCUAUAUAACCAUCUAACACUUGCCACUUCAACAUUCAAAUUACUCGGAUAAAAGUUCAAAAUCAAAUUAAAAAAAAAAAAUCCUAGAAAUAUGAGGAGUUCAUUUGGUUUGCUAGUGGCUAUGUUGGUUAGCUUUGUAUUAGUUGCUUCUGCUGCCAACUUUUACCAGGACUUUGAUCUUACUUGGGGAGAUGCUCGAGGUAAGAUACUGAACAACGGCCAGCUUCUCACUCUCACCCUGGACAAAUUCUCUGGCUCAGGUUUCCAAUCCAAGAAUGAGUAUCUUUUUGGGAAGAUUGAUAUGCAGCUGAAGCUUGUUCCAGGCAACUCUGCUGGGACUGUUACUGCAUACUAUCUACGUUCACAAGAGUCGACAUGGGAUGAAAUCGACUUUGAAUUCUUGGGGAACCUUAGCGGUGAGCCUUACAUAGUUCACACAAAUGUAUUUAGCCAGGGCAAAGGUGACAGAGAGCAACAGUUUUACCUUUGGUUCGACCCCACUAAAGAUUUCCAUACCUACUCUGUUCUUUGGAACCCUCAACGCAUUAUCUUCUCUGUUGAUGGCAUUCCAAUUAGAGAGUUCAAGAACUUGGAAUCCAUUGGCGUUCCAUUCCCAAAGAAGCAGCCCAUGAAGAUAUACUCUAGUCUCUGGAACGCCGAUGACUGGGCUACUCGAGGUGGCCUUGUCAAGACAGACUGGAGCAAAGCUCCUUUCACUGCUUCAUACAGAAAUUUCAAGGCUGAUGCUUGUGUUUGGUCUCAAGGAAAAUCUUCUUGUUCUUCGAGCUCAGGUUCUAGAUACGCUUGGCUGUCACAAGAACUUGAUACAGCAAGCCAACAACGGCUGAAAUGGGUGCAGGAAAAAUACAUGAUUUACAACUACUGCAAGGACACCAAGCGAUUUUCUCAGAGCCUCCCUAAAGAAUGCACUGCUCAUUAAUGCACAAAGGCAGAUAUUGUUCAAAUUAAGCCUUAGAUGCAAGUAUAAAUUCACCAAUGUUUCCUUUCCCCACUCCGACUAUAGUUGUUGUUUCAUUCUAUGUUUUUUUUUUUAUUUAAUAAAACCUGUAUAAAUUCCAAAUAUUAUAUGGUCUACUCUGUUUUUUACUAUGGAAAUGGAUACUUCAUCCUUAUCCUGGAGUUGAAUAUAGUACUUCAACUUCAAUCAA